UCGUUCAAGCUUCAGGAUCCUCCAGCCAUCCACAGUAAAUUGUACCAACUGAGACAGCAACAAAGAACUUUGUCAGAAGACUCUCCUACAGGGGAGAACUUCAAAUUCAACAACGUGAAGAUAAAGAAGAAGCCAUCAUCGUUGUCUCUGCUGUCUCAAGCUGCAAUCCUAGACCACAUGGAGCCAUCACCACAACUUCCACCUCCUAUGUCUUCUACUACUGUCCAGCGAUUGAACUUUUCGAACGGUGAAGAGUUCAGUUCUCUUCGUAAAGGAUUGGCAACAGACCUGAAGACCCCAGCUGAGUAUACUUUGCAUAUAAUAUUCACUCAGUUUGUACGUCAUGCUGAACGCAAGCUUAAUUUGUGUUUGGAUUAUGCCCUUGAAGAAGAACCGCCAAUAAUCGACUUAUUAGCAGAAGGAGUAGAUCCACAGUUUGACAAAAUUGUAGAAUCAUUAGGUUAUAUCGCCAGAAGAAAACCAAAACCCGUCAUCGACAGUGUCAUGUUUUGGAGAAAAUCCAAAAGUGAAGUAGCUUCUAUGGCAGCAGCAGAAGUAGAAAGAACUUUAUCCACCGCAAAAGUCAAUUUGUUGAAAGCUUCAAACAACAGUAACACACAAAUUAGUCCAACGCAGCCUGGAAUUGCCAAGAAUGCCAACGUGAAUGGCCGUACAAAGCGGAGUUUAAGUCUUAUUAGGACAAAGAGCUUCUCCAAAGUCUCCCAUAGAAGAAACCAAUCAGCAUCUUCAGCGGCUCCUACCAGUGGCUCAGCUAUAGCUGGUACAGCGUCACCGGGAACGGAGUCUCGCAGAAGAUAUGAAAGCGAGUUUCUGAGACACAAGACCUUCUACGAUGAGCAAAUAUCUCAAGCUAGAGAAACUGCUAUCCAGGCUGAUAGAAAGUCUUUGGCUUCCAUUUACAUUUUGUGUAGAGUAUUAAUUGAAGUAGUAAAGCAAACUUCUAACGAAGUGAUGGGAGAAGAUCUCGAAGACAAAUUACAAGAGAUCGUCUACACACAGUUGAAAACCACCGAUCCCAUAGGCAUGAGUCAAUCGUUAGUCAGAGCAGCAAACUGGAAUUUAUUUGCUCAGUUACUAGGAUUCAUGUCCGAAAAGCGAUUCCUCAGCGUCAGUGAUUGUUUUAUUGCUGAUUUGGAGAAGAUCCCUGUUCAUGUCAAACAAGACGACGAACCUAAAAUACACCUUCUUAUAAGUGGAAUGAGAUAUUUGAAACUUACAAACUACCCUUUGGAUGUGUUUGAGGAAAGUGCAGAGUUUAUGCAAUCCUUAGCCAAGUUCUUUGAAAAGUCUCAAAACGAAACUAUCAUCUAUGCCUAUUGUGAAGUACUCAGUAGUUUGGUUCUACCACUUGCAAACAUAAUGACAGCAGAAGCUAACCAUCCUACUUGGGUAGAAGCUGUGGAGAAGAUCUUCUACAAGGCUUACCAGAUUUGGAAACACUCAACUAAGACUUCCAGUGCAAGCACUUCUUCGUCUGCUCUUUCAAGCUCGUCUACUAGCCCAAUAUCCUUGUCUAAUAAUGGCUGGGCAUAUUCCUUGCAUUUGAUGACAUCUGUAUUGUCUGUUUCGCGAAAAGAAUUGUUUUCGGAUGUGUGGUUUAAAAUUAUAGAAGAUAAUAGUUUUAAACUUAAACCAAAAGUUGAUGUCGAUGACAAGACGACAUUUAUUGUGUGUUUGGCAAGAUUGGUAUGGGUUUACAUUUAUAGAUUACCAGACACUUUGAAUAAUACCAUCAAAAAAUUGGAUGGUUUGUUUCAGAUCUUGCUCUUCAACAGCACAAAUACCAGCAAGAAGCAUCAAUGGAUUACGUCAGACAACUUACUCUUGAGUUGUUUGGUAGAAUUGCUCAGAAUUGUUGGAUUCAACCACCUCAACUAUGUACUUGAUAAUGUUUUCAUAAAGUUGCUCAAGCUAAGCUUUAAUGGAAGUAACCUAGAGGGUUUAUCCUCGGAAAGAUUGAUUUUAACAAUCAAAAGCUAUUUGGCUAUAUUGGAGGAUUAUGAACUAGGCAGAAAACCAGCAUUCCCUACUGACGAAGUAUUCAACGAAAGAAUAUUUAAAGUAAACGACUCUAACAAUCCACAUCCUAAGAAUAUAGGUAAGAAGUCUGCUGAAAGUACAAAACACUCUGUGCGCUUAAAUGAAUUUUCCUUCAUUGCCAAAAACUCGAACAAUGCUUUGUCUCAUGAGGAGAUUUGUCGAACAUUCGCAUCAUUGUUUAAGAUUUUAGAUGGCCAAUAUGGUGCCCAUGUAUGGGGAUCUGAAAAUGGCGGCCUGUUGAGUUCCUCUUCUAAUAGUGGGUCAGCAAAAGCUCCAUCUCCCUUUUCGGGAUUUCAUUUUGGAAUCGACUUCAACUACCAAAUUACGAAGAAUUUGCAGAUCGAACUCUUUGCUACACUUAUCGAUGGAGUUCCUUGGACUUUGGUACCCUUACACAACGAGCAAUCUUCAACUUCUGGCAUCAGCUUCAAACAUGUUAUUGAAAUCUUGACAAGAAAUGCAGUUCACGAAAACUUUAGGGUUGCGAGUGCUUCCAUCAAUGCCUUGAAAAAAUUGGCUUCCAGAAAGAAUCCAAGCAGUCUAAUAACAACUUUUGCUAAGAUUGCUUUUCACUUUUCUGAUAAACCAGGUCCUAGUUACGAUUCUUCAUAUUUGAUUUCUACAGAGUUUAAUCGAUUAUUGAAGAUAUAUGUUGAUUUAUUGAAUUGCUGGCUAAAGCAAUUUCAAGAAAUAUUUGAAAACUCGUUGCACGAAAUUUCAACGAAUCAACUUGCCCAGGACGAUGAAAUGAUGAAACUAGAUGUUCUCAACGAUUUGUAUCAGAUUAACCAUACGGCGGAAAAUUUACCAAAACCUGACACACACGAGAAUGGGAACAAGUUGAAUCUCAGCGAUCAGCUAGAAUGGAAAACUAUUAUCACUGUUAUUGAAGAGGUCGAGGGUAAUGGUUUGUUCUUUUUGUGUUCACAGGAUUCAAAAACCAGACAUUACGGCAUUACUAUCUUGAAGCUUGUAGAAUUAUUUGAUCAAGAGAUAUACAAAUUGACGGAUAACAUGCCUCAGAAGGAAAUCAACAGUGAUCCUGAUCUCUCCAAGAAGCACUCAAGAAGCUCCUCAAAAUUCGCUGCUGAUGUAGGCACUAGAUUGAUCCACAUUUUAGAGGACAUUGAUUUCUUAGAAUUGAUUAAACCGUAUAGAAAGGAGCUUAGUGUUCCGGAACGAACGAGGUUGUCAAAAUUGAAGAACAGAAAGAAUAUCCUUGUCCGACUAGCCGAGUCCGAUUAUGGUAUCGAUUCUACUAUUUGGUUCCGUUUAUAUCCACGGUUACUUGAUAUAUUUUUCGAGAGAUGUCCAAUGCCAGUUGCCAUGUGUCGUUCUAUUGUUUGUGUUAAUUUGGUUCAAAUGCACGAGCUUGUGUUGGAGUACUCUGAAAGUUACAGGUCCUACACUUCGUCAUUGUUUUCGAGAUCAUCUACGAAUGCUCCACCUGAAGUAUUAGUUAACCAGUGGAAGUUGUAUUUAAUAUUUGCAUGCUGUUCUUUGACAUCUACCAGUGAACAGAAGAUUUCAUUUCCAAACCAGCCUACACAUGGAAGAAAGAAGUCAAUGCAAAUGUAUAUACAGCAUCAGAAGAUUACUAGUGCCAAAUCAGUUUUUAGAAUGGUUUUACCACUUUUAAAGUCUCAACAACUGAUGGUUAGAGAGGCGAUCAUAUCUGGCUUGAGCUGUAUCAACAUAAAUAUCUUCAAGACUCUUCUUGAGAAUAUUCCUUCCAGUAUUAAUGACUGGGAAAUUGACAAAAAGAGAGACCCAGCAGAGGAUCGAUUGCGAAUUGAAGUUAUAUACAUCUUAAAUAACAUCACUCAGAGAUUCAAGAAGGAUGAUUUGGUCUUCCAAGAUGACUGGAUGAUUGCAAAUUUGAUAUCCAUCGUGAAGAAUGUUAAGUCAUUCUUAUCCUUGCCUUCAACACAGAUUGAUAUUGAAUUCCAGAAGCUUCGUCGUUUCUUCUGCGGUUUUUUGGAGAAUGUUUUUAUUAGCUUGAAUGAAAAGUCAGAUUUGGACAAGUGGUUACCAUUCGAAGCAAGAAUUGGUUGUUUCAAUUAUUUGAAAGAAUGGUGUGGCUAUGGAGAUGCUAGCACUAUAGCUGAGGAUCGUUACAAUUCUAUGAUAAAGAAGGUAGGCCAUAAUAAAGACGUCGCUUCUGCAACAGCAAUCUUGGAAGUAGAGAAGAAGGCUUUGCAGUUUUCUUCUCUAAGUUGUAUGGCUGUACUUUGUUCUGGCCAAAUUAAACAGGAAAUUCAAUUCCCAGGAAAGUUGGCGGUGAUGUCAUUUGACAUUCCCGCCUUAUUGAAUUGGAUCCAUGCUUUGUUUGCUUCAGAGGAUGAUCGUGCUCACGAAAUAGGGAAAGUCGCAUUGAGAAAUAUAAUAACCCUUAAUAUGGACAACAAUGAUAUCUACCAAGAGGUUAUCAAGGAAUGCUAUUCCUCUCAAGACAGUUCGAGGACAACAGAAAGUUAUUUCACCAUAUUUGUGGACGUUUACUUGAAGUCAGUGAAUCCUGAAGAAACUCCAUACGACUUAGUUUGUCUCGCAACUUUCUUAAUCGGCCACGAUAAUUACGAGGUGAGACUUGCCAGUAUGAAACUACUCAAGGCUCUAGAGAGCAAAUAUUUUGGUUCUUCAACAACCUCAGACAAGUUUACAGAGUCAGUUUGUAGCAAGACUAAAAUCGUCUACAAGAAAGCAUUGUUUGAUAUUUCUUCACAUCUAGCAACUUUAGAGGCUGAUGGAUCGUUUAUCAGAAUAAGUUAUAUGACAAAGUAUUUCAACUUAGUUGGAAAUAGUUCUAGAAGAGACAUUUUAUCCUGUUUGCUACCUUGGGUACAGAAUGUGGUUUUGAAGUAUAUCCCAACAGAAGAAGGCAUUGAAGAUAAAGAAAAGAAAGACUAUGUACAGCAAUUAGAUUCUUCAUCAUUGAUGGUGUUGAACAAUCUUUUUGAAAUUACUGUGAAGUUCAGUUCGAAAAUUUCGAACGAGGUUGAAGCGCUUUGGGUCACCUUUGCCAGCAAUUCCAAUAACUUUGACAAAAUUGUCGACUUUAUUAUGCGCAACUGUUUGGAAAGGAAGAAUCCAGUUUUUGUGGAGUAUUCAAGACAAAUCAUUGACUACUUAUCUUUCUCUCAAACAGAUCCACUAAUUGUAAUUGAUAAGUUGAUUGACAAUUUGCAACCGAAGUUGAUGGUUCCACCUCAGCCUAAAGGAAACAAUAGUGUUGCUGCAGAUACAUCAGAGUUUCCUUAUGUCGCAAACUUGUGGAAGAUUAUCCCUUUCAAUGAAAAGGAUGCAGCUUUUUCUAUUGGUCAAAUCUCCAUGGUAUUUUUGGUUGAUCUUCUUACCGUCUCGAAUGACAGAAUGAUCGAAAAAUUGCCCUUGUUGUUGCAUGUCACUUUCUCAUUGCUUGAUCAUUACUUGUUUAUUGUUCAAGAACUGGCAGGAGCAUUGUUGAUUCAUUUGAUCCAAACUUUGGCGCCUAAUGAACCUAAGUCAGCAACAACCAUCGAAACUUUAAGACAACGUGACCAUUUCAAACACUUAUGGGUAUAUGAUGACUUAAACAAUGAUAAGAAGGGUGCCAGAACUCCUAAGAAUAUGGAUCUUUUGGCUAGAAACAUAUUGGAAAUCUUCGUGAAUGUAGCACCAAAGCUCCAAGAUGAAUGGAGUAGAGUUUCUUUGAAUUGGGCAACGACUUGUGCUGUUCGACAUAUCGCAUGUCGUUCGUUCCAAAUAUUUAGAUCCUUGCUUUCAUUCUUGGACCAGAGUAUGUUGAAGGACAUGUUGCACCGUUUGUCUAAUACUAUUUCAGACGAGACAUUAGAUAUUCAAGGCUUUGCCAUGCAAAUUCUUAUGACAUUGAAUGCCAUCACUGCAGAGUUAGACUCCGACAAACUUAUCGACUUCCCUCAACUUUUCUGGUCGAGUGUUGCAUGUUUGAGUACAAUCCACGAGCAAGAAUUCAUUGAAGUUCUUUCGACGAUGAAUAAAUUUAUUUCCAAGAUUGACUUGGACGCUCCAGACACAGUCUCAUGUUUAAUUUCCACCUUCCCUCCAAAAUGGGAAGGAAAGUUCGAGGGCUUGCAACUGAUUGUACUCGUCGGUUUACGGUCGGCAACGGCAUGGGAACCUUCCAUCAAGUUCCUUGAUAAGUUGAAUACACUUAAAGACAGUGAAAUUAUUGGAAUGGGCGAUUCAAGAUUGUUGAUGUCAUUGUUGGCAAACAUGCCUCGUUUCUUGCAUGCUUUACAUCAAAAGUCCAUACCACCAGAAAUCGAGCGGGCUGCAUCAGCACUAAGCAGUUUAGCUGAAAGUGCUGGCAAGCCAUCGCUUGCCAGAAUAAUGGAAUCGCUAUCCAAGAACAGAUUUAGAUCCAAGAAGGAUUUUGUAGUACAGACUCUUUCAACAAUCAAGGAUAUCUUCUUCCCAGUUUACGAAGCUCAAUCGUUGGUAUUGUUGUUGGGUUUCCUUUCAAACAAGAUUCCGUGGGUCAAAGUUGAGACUAUGAGCCUUUUGAAACACAUUUUCCCAUUGGUGGAUCUACAGUGUGACGAGUUUGUAGGAGUUGGGGCAGAUCUUAUUUCUCCCUUAUUACGUCUUUUACUUACUGACUAUGCCGAACAGGCUCUAGAAGUAUUAGACGAGGCUGUAAUUAUCUCUGGCUCUCAACUGGAUAGAGACGUCUUACGAAUGAGCUUGGGAAACACUAGUAUCAAGAAAGAGUACGAAAAGACUGCUACAUUGUUUGGACUACCCGAUGAAAAUGGUUGGGCUAUUCCAAUGCCUGCUGUUACUGCUGCUAGUACAAGAAAUAAUGUUCAUGCUGUCUUCUCGACUUGUGUUGUUCCUGCUCUUGUAGACGAGAAUGAAGAACAUCAAAAGGAAGAGGAGAUUCAAUUCCACUUUGAAGAUUACUAUGCACCAGCUCCAGACUAUGGAGACUCUGUAUCUGUUGCAGUUGAAGAGGCUGACGCUUCUUUGAGCAAUGUCUGGGCUGCAUUAGAUGAUUUCGAUUCUUUCUUUACAAAGGAUACAGAAAACAAGGGAGUGGUUCCAGUAAAUAAUGCGUUGGUGGACCGUCAAUCCCAUAUCCAUAGUGCUUCUGUGGACACUAGAUAUAGCAAUUCUAGCGAUGUUCUGGCUCCAAUGGAUUCUGCGCCUAACAUAUAUGAUAAGAAGGUUUCUGUCAUUUUGAAUAGAAGUUUGGCUAGAACGCAGUCCAAUACUUCCUUCAAGACUAGUUUGGCAGAUUCCAUCGGCGCCACUAACUACGGUAACCAGGCCACACUGAUCAUGACCAAGAGGUCUUAUAUUCCGUUCAGAAACAGCAGAAGCACAUUGAAAUCAAAGAACGACAGCUUUACCACACCAGUUCUUCCAAUGUCGCCUAAUUUUGAGAACCAGCCUACUCCAACAGCCUUCAAGUCUCCUAGUACAAUAACCCCUACAGGAUCCUCGUACAAUUUAUCAUCUACUUCACCUUCUGUCGGUUCUCCUGGAGAUAUGCAAGCAGCAAGUAAUUUCGAAAAUGCCACGAGAUUGGAACAAUUAUUAGGAGGAAGUAAAAAGAGAUCUAAGAGAACAUCCAAGCUUUCACCCAAUGCCUCGAGUACGAAUGUUUCUCCCAGCGUCCAGGGUCGCCACCUUUGGAAACCUAAUAGCAAAGGAAGUUUAGGUUCUCCCAGUUCACUCAGCACUCCACCAGCAACAGCACAUAGUGGAGUAGCAACCACGCCAAAAACAAAAGACAAGAAAAGGAAUUCACGUAAGUUAUAGAAUAGCAUAGUAUUAUGAAUAAUGUAUUAUUUUGUAUUAUUUUGUUUGAAA